UUCUUUGGAGAGGUGCACUUUUACGCCACCUACAGAAUCUAUAUUGAAACUGUCACACAGCACUGCUUUUACAUAAAAUUGGAACUUAGAGCACUAUUUCAAUGUAUGUUGUCUUGGGAGCUUUCAUCGUGACUUUCAACUGUCCAUAAAAAAAAAAGUUCAUUUAUAUGUGGCACGCCAGAUUAUAUUAAAUUCUAAGUGCACCGUUAGGUUUAGAUGUAAAUGACAAGAAUGUUUAAAUUUCUUCCAAUGAAUCCAAAAUACACGAAAAUAAAACGUGAUAAAACAAAAUGUUCAACAACUCUCAGGCAUUAACUCAAAAUCUAGUGUUUAGCGCCAUUGUCUUGCCAUGUGAUAUAAAGUUAAAAACCCAAACAUAUAUUUUUAAAGUUAACUUAAAUAAAUAGAUGCAUUCUAAAUAAAGUAAGAAUGUUUAGUGGUGCGCAUGGAGCGUGUUUUCAGCAUGUAUGUUUGUCCCCAAUGCAUCAUGGGAAACGUGCCUCCAAACGCGCUACUAGAUUCUUUUUCCUUUUUUCCCCUCCCUUCAUUUUGUAGCGACAACAACCCGUAAGAGACUCAAGAAAUUAAAACCCAGUUUGGAAGCUGCAUUUUCUCACUAACAUUUCCAAGCUUUGAUCUACAGUAGCAAUGGCCCGUACUAAGCAGACUGCCCGCAAAUCCACUGGAGGCAAAGCUCCACGAAAGCAGCUGGCUACAAAGGCUGCCCGGAAGAGCGCCCCUUCCACCGGAGGGGUUAAAAAACCCCAUCGCUACAGGCCUGGUACUGUGGCCCUGCGCGAGAUCCGUCGUUACCAGAAGUCCACUGAGCUUCUGAUCCGCAAGCUGCCCUUCCAGCGCUUGGUGAGAGAAAUCGCCCAGGACUUCAAGACAGAUCUGCGUUUCCAGAGUGCAGCCAUCGGCGCUCUGCAGGAGGCCAGCGAGGCCUAUCUGGUGGGUCUGUUUGAGGACACCAACCUGUGUGCCAUCCAUGCCAAGCGUGUCACCAUCAUGCCCAAAGACAUCCAGCUGGCACGUCGCAUCCGCGGGGAGCGCGCCUAAAUUCCCCCCGCCCCCCAGUCUUAUGAAAUGCUCUUCUCCCGUCACUAUCCUUUCCUUCUCCCUAUAUAGAAAGUAGUUUGGUUUGAGGUUCUCUAUAUAUCAUGACUGAUAAUUGUAAAUGUGUGAUUAUGUCUUGGUUGGUGCUACAAGUAGAAGAGUUUCUUUAGAUAAAUAUCAUUUAAAUUUGUAACUUUACCCUUUCUCACUUUAGCUAUUGCUAUGAAUAAGGUGUUUUUGCUAGCCAUGAGUAGUGUGUCAUCUGGAAUGAGCAUAGUACAUAGCAUUAAGAUUUUCAUAUUCCAACGUACACAUUCAUUGUUAUAAUCGGUCUUCAGUCUUUUUUUUUCUUGGCCAUUUUCCAUUAGACAUUUAUUUUAAACAGUCAUUUCUCUUUUUUAUAACAGUGGUGUUUAAUAUUGUGUCACAAUCCAAAUGCUUUAUUCUGGUUGUCAAUUUCAAAUGUCAUUGCACUAUAAUGACUGCAUGGUUUGACAAAAAAAGCGGCAUAUAUGUAGCAGACAUAAUUUCAUUUUACGCAUGGUUGUCACCACGUUAUUAUGUUUAAGCAAUGUUAUGAUUUUUGGUUUCUCUCUCAGGUCGAUAACCUAUUUUUUUCUACUGUUUUUGAUUUGUGUUUUUGGUCAUUUUGAAGGCUAAAACAUUUGUACUCCAAAAUUCACAUACAAACAUAAAUAAAAGUAAUUGUGAUUAAA